CAAGGCGAAAAUAGAAAGUGCCAAACGCGAGUGGUAUGCAAGGUUUGGGGGCAACUAGGGCAAACGGCUGACGAAUAAUUAUUUUUCAAACUUGGGAUAAAUCCAGACAAAUAAUAACGCGACUUGAUACUAAUGUCCAAUAAGACAUAGUGUCUUAAGAUCAAUGAAUUCUUUUCACUCUUGAUUAUAUCGCAGUGGAUUUGAGGAGGAAGUUGCAGUGGUUUGAGUAUUCAGAUUUAUAUUUUUCAUUUUCGAAGGAUCUGCAACUUAAAUUUUGAUACAGUGUAAAAGACAUAAGGAAUCUUGUAGGUUGUAAAGGAAACAAUCACAAUGAGGGUGGAGUUCCUUCUAGGUCUGGUUGGAGGUGCCAUCCUUGCAUAUGCUGCUUAUUGCACUAUCCAGUAUCGUGCAGUUCUGAAGAUAAGGGAAGAAGAAUUUGCUGGACCUCCAGCAGAGGUUCUGUUAGAGGUGAUCAUUGGUCUUGUAUUAUGCUUUUGGGCAGCUUUGAGUGUGCCUGGGAAAUAUCUUCCGAUAUUGCCAGAUUCCAAAGAAAACAGAUUGGUAUCUCUCCCAGAGAAUCUUGACUUUAUGAUCUUCAACCACCGGGGUAAAGCUUUCCCACUGGAAUUGGACACAAAACUUAAGUCCUAAAAAUGUCUGUAUUAAAGCCUGCUAUGAUUUUCAUUUGCAGGAAAUUAGGACCAACUAAAUCUUAAAUGAAACUCCACUGGGUUUUUGAUCCCAUUAACUGGAUUUUGCAUUUGCUUACCCUUGGAAGCUAGUUUGUGUUCUUAGUCAUUUUCCUCUACCACUGUCACACUUUCGUUUUAGUCUUUAAUUGAAGAUUCUUGAGCUCCUUACCAAAUGGAAAAUUGCAAUUAUAUUUA